GCGUGUCAGUUGCCCUGGAAACGUACACGUGUCCGUGACGUGACCCUAACUCCCAUUUCCGUGUCAACAUGGCGGCGUGCAUGGCAUCCCAGGCUGCUACGAGAGGGCUCAUGGCAGCCACGUCUAAGAACCUACUUGUGAACAAACUGAAGCUUCACUGCAACUGGUUGAGUCCUAAAAGAUGGCUAAAUCUUCAAGAAUACCAGAGCAAAAAGUUGAUGCAAGAGUGUGGCGUGGCUGUCCAACGCUUCUUUGUAGCUGACACGGCCUCUGAGGCUUUAGAGGCUGCAAAAAAACUCGAUGCCAAAGAGAUUGUGCUAAAAGCUCAGAUUCUGGCUGGUGGGAGAGGCAAGGGUGUGUUUGACAGUGGCCUCAAAGGUGGAGUGCAUCUAACUAAGGACCCUGCAGUUGUUGGUGAGCUGGCCAAUAAAAUGCUGGGUUUCAAUCUGACGACCAAGCAGACACCUAAAGAUGGAGUGAAAGUGAAAACAGUCAUGGUUGCUGAAGCCUUGGACAUAAACAGGGAGACCUACUUUGCCAUUCUAAUGGAUCGCUCUUGUAAUGGUCCUGUUAUGGUUGGAAGUCCCAAAGGAGGUAUGGACAUAGAGGAAGUAGCAGCCAGCACACCAGAGCUCAUCUUUAAGGAAGUCAUAGAUAUAUAUGAUGGUGUACAGGACGACCAGGCAGAUCGCAUGGCAGCUAAUUUGGGUUUCAAAGGACCUCUGCAGAGACAGGCAGCAGAUCAGAUUAAGAGGCUCUAUGAUCUCUUCCUGAAAGUCGACGCCACUCAAGUUGAAGUCAACCCUCUUGGAGAGACCCCUGAAGGACAAGUGGUCUGCUUUGAUGCUAAGAUCAACUUCGACGACAAUGCUGAGUUCCGUCAAAAGGAUGUCUUUGCCAUGGAUGACUUGACAGAGAGUGAUCCCACAGAGAUGGAAGCUGCCAAGUGGGAUCUCAAAUAUAUUGGUCUGGACGGAAACAUUGCCUGCUUUGUGAAUGGAGCUGGAUUGGCCAUGGCCACAUGUGACAUCAUUGACCUGCAUGGAGGAAAGCCAGCUAACUUCCUGGAUCUUGGCGGAGGAGUCAAAGAGAGGCAGGUGUAUGAGGCAUUCAAGCUUCUUUCUGCUGACCCAAAGGUUGAGGCCAUCCUCGUCAACAUCUUUGGGGGGAUCGUCAACUGUGCUAUUAUUGCCAACGGUAUCACCAAGGCCUGUCGAGAGCUGGAACUAAAGGUGCCUCUGGUGGUCAGACUUGAAGGGACCAACGUGCAUGAGGCCAAGAGGAUCCUGAGAGAGAGCGGUCUGCCCAUCACGGCUGCAGACAACCUGGACGAUGCUGCCAAGAAAGCAGUGGCUGCCAUCAAGAAGUAGAAAAGUCCAAUCCAUCUUCGUCAGCAACCUCAAGCUGCAGGGACAGGACGACUGGUUGCAAUCGAAGGAAAGAUGAAUGCGGCCAAGUACAGGGAUAUCCUAGACGAAAACCUUCUCCAGAGCGCUCAGGACCUCAGACUGGGCCGAAGGUUCACCUUCCAACAAGACAACGACCCUCAGCACACAGCUAAAAUAACAAAGGAGUGGCUUCAGACCAACUCCGUGACUGUUCUUGAAUGGUCCAGCCAGAGCCCUGACUUAAAUCCAAUUGAGCUGAAAAUGGCUGUCCGCCAACUUUCACCUUCCAACCUGACAGAAAUGGAGAGGAUCUGUAAGGAGGAAUGGCAGAGGAUCCUCAGGGUAUAGCUGUGCACUGUUAUGAUGUCACACUACUCAGUUUAUACAGCUACCAUCUUGCUUAGACACCCCUAGGUAGGAACACAAGCCAUAUUAGGGUAUAAUGUUGCUAACCGUGCUCUGGUGAGUUCAACUGUACCACACUUAUGCUUCAGUUCCUAUCUGCACUUUUUUUUUCCUUCUUGCCCAGGCUGACAGUGAUCCUGUCCCGGACAGAACAGCAUAGGGAGGAGAGAGGUCCGCCCUGCAUACCGCAGUACUUAAAAGCUCAUUUAAUGUGACCCGUGAAAGGCAAACGUCGCUGAUUAAAACAGUGAUACACAAGACAGAAUACGGUUUAAAAUUACUUUGUAAUUAGGCACCCAAGUUGUCCUCAUGGAACACUCUCCAGGUGCUCGGACACCCCACUGUCACAAACCACUUGACUAGAAGAAAAAACCCGCAGGCUUGACGAGCGGAGACACGUUUUUUUGUUUGUUUUAACAUUGAUGUGAUUGUGUAUGUGAACUGUGGUGAAUGUUUGUGUGUUCAUGUUGAAGGUGACUUUGACACUUCAUAGCAGUAAAGGUAACAUUCCCUCUAUCAUCUCACAUUCAAGUGGAAUAAAUUAAACCAGCUUCUGCGCGCGUGUCGGAUGCAAUUGCAGUCAAUGACUCUGCCGGCAGCACGAGCUGAUCGGAAAAGUGGUCUGUCAGCUGUGAUUUUGCCAGUGACAAGCGGAAUACAGUUGCGCUCCAUUUCACACUCGCACCACAGAUACAUGAUGUACACACAUAAACAACAACUGUGCAGAAUCCACAUCAACAAUCGUGUGCAAAUCUAUGUUCAGGCCUGCAUUACUUCUCGAU